AUAUAUAUAUAGAGAGAGAGAGAGAGAGAGAGAGAGCGCUACCCUUCUAUAUUACUUUGCACCUGCAUCUGCACACUUCUAAAUCCAACUUCCUGCUGCAUGCGCGUUGCUUUGUUCCGCGAUCGACCGAAUCUAUCAGCCUAUCAGAAUUCUGAUCUUUCUGGUACUAUACGAAGUUCGUGGUUUAUUUUGUAUAUUGUAUUAUUGAUAAGCAUUUCCAUGAGUUUCCGCGGGCGCCCGCGUCGGCAAGACAGCCGGGGGAGGGAUGAGGAUGUUGAGAGGCAAGCCCUCAACAAUGAUGGAGUUGAUUCGAAAGAAAAGAAAACAACAACAAAGACAUUUCUUGACCCAGAGGGGCAGUUCCUUCGAAUCUGGAGGAUGAUUUUUGUAGUGUCGUGUAUGAUGGCAGUAUCGGUGGACCCUUUAUUUUUCUACCUGCCCUUGAUCAAUGAAAAAAAAAAAUGCUUUGUGUUAGACGAGAGAUUAAGGGUCGUAGCUAUUUGUCUGCGAACGGCCACCGAUUUGAUUUAUGUCGUGAAUAUCGUCUUGCAAUUUCUUUGCCCUUAUGUAGAUGAGGCCGCUCGUAAACUUGGACGAAUUAAAGUAGUUACAGAUUCUUGGCCUAUAGCAAAGAGGUAUUUCUUGUCGCGGUACUUCCCCAUUGACAUUCUCGCCAUUCUUCCCCUCCCACAGGUGUUAAUUCCAAUAAUUUUUUCAGAAAUCAGAGGCUCCGAAUCUUUGCACAAAAGAAAGCUUCUUAUUACUUUUCUUCUCUACCAAUAUGUGCCAAGACUUAUCCGAAUCUCUAUGUUCAUCCGGACUGCGAACAAACAUUCUCGAGUUGUGCGGGUUAAAGCUGCAUUAAAUCUCUUUCUGUACAUCAUGGCCAGUCACGUACUCGGUGCCAUCUGGUAUUUCUUUUCUAUCGAACGAGAGACGAUUUGUUGGCACUCUGCCUGUGAGAAAAAUGAUACCGCAUGUACUCCGAAUUCUUUUAGCUGUCUUGAUCAUGUUCACAGUUCGGGAAAUUACACAUUUAUGAAUGAUUAUUGCCCUGUGGAAACAAAGGAUGGUACAAUGCCCUUUGAUUUUGGGAUCUAUCAUGACGCCAUUAAAUCUGGUAUUGUAGCAUCCAGAAAUUUUCCGAAAAAGAUUUUGUAUUGUUCUUGGUGGGGCUUGCGAAAUUUGAGUUCUUUUGGUCAAAACCUUCAAACAAGUACCAAUUUCUGGGAGAACAGCUUUGCAAUUUUUAUUUCCAUCUUCGGCUUGCUAUUGUUUUUAUAUUUCAUUGGCAAUGUGCAGACAUAUAUGCAGUUGACAACUGAAAGAAGAGAGGAGAUUAUACAAAAGAUGAAAAGUAAAGAACGAGACAUAGAGUUGUGGAUAUCCAGAAAUGGGCUGAAUGAUAACCUAAAACGGGAAAUCAUGGCCAAUAUACAACGGGUAUUAGACCACAAUAUAGAUGUUGAUGCAAAGAAUCCACUUCCUCGUCUUCCCAAAGAACUUACAAGGGAGAUCAAGUGCCAUCUUUGCUUGCCCUUGCUUAAGAAAGUGAGUCCUCCUUUUUUCAUCUAUUCUUCGAGUUCCUGUUCCUGGAAAGAACAGCACUACUAAUUAAAAGAAGUUACAAUUCAAAAUCUUAUUAUUUGCUUGCAAAGAAAUUAUAAAUGUGAAAAAGCUAAAAAAAAAAAUG